AGGAGAUUGGCUGCUAGUUUUGAGGCGUCCAUGCGCCAGGCCAACAGCGUGCGUGGAGGACAAGAUGCGAGCGCCAGACCGCUGUCAAGUCGUCGCGUGGGUACGUUCGGCUUGGGACCGCCUCAGCAAAGCGACAAUUAAAAGCAGGUUAAAAAAGGUCGGCCUCCUUUUCAACGAACGGGUCAAGGAACCACUCAAAAGCAGUGAUUUAAACGUAGACAAUGAAUUGGCGGACACCCUCGAAGCGUUGGCGUGCACUGACUCAGAGGUAGGCGAGGGUUUGGCUACACGAGGUGGUAUAAAAAGGCUUCUCAUCGGUAUCACCACAAAGAGGAUUGAAUGAGCAGUACUGUACCGGUUUUUGCUGGGACAGCUAGCUAAAUAUGUGGUGCACACCAACGCGGCAGACACCAAAGGAACGAGCAAAAGCAUGAGCAGAUCCGUGUCCAGACACUUCGUGACUGAGAAGGUCAGGGCUCUGUGCGUGGUGAGUGACGUCCUCUAUGCAUCCGAGACGCUACAAGAAGAGUAUGAGGUACUGCCUUUGGUAGCGACAGGUGGCUGGGACAACGAGACCAAUCACGUAUCGCUGCAUCUUCCUGUGCGCCCAACACGCGAUGAACAUGAGCUGCGCAAGGAACGUGGAGAGGAUGAUGUGCGCCCUUGCGAGCUGAACACGCUGGCUGAAGAGGAGCACGCAGGAGACGCGAACGCGUUACAGUUCGUAGCGACUAGGGGCGAGAACCUGCUGAUCAGUGCGUCCUCGGCGGGCGGCGUCUUCGCCUUCCGUGUGUCUUCCAGCGCUGGAGAUGAUGAAGCAGCCAUGACUGAUGGAGACUCAGCGAAGCCUCUGACUGCAUUCACCGUGCAACAAUGGGAGCAAGUGUUUGCUGGUACUGCAGCAACAUGCCUUGAGGUCAGCGAGAACCGGACGAGUAUCGUGACUGCCAGCGCCGGUGGAGCUCUUGCGUGGCUCAAGCUCGACGACACUGUGAGCGUCGAAAAGAUUGAGAUCAAGGAUACGAGCAGACUGCCAAUUAACGCAGUAAAGUUUAUGGGCCGUGACACUGUCGUUGCCACUGUCGGCUCGCUGCCUGGAAGCCAGCUUCGCGUCUGGGAUCUCGCGGCAAACAACAAAUUUCCUAUCGCGACUUGCGUCGACAUUUUAACUACAUUAGAGACGCAUCCAACCCGACCUGAAAUGCUGAUCACCGGUGGAGAUGACGGUAGCGUCCGCUUCUGGGAUCGUCGUAAGCUUGAUGCGCCCUUCCGCACUGAGGGGUACCAUCAUCGUGCCGUUCGAGCAUUGAAGCUUCACUCUGCAUCUCCUCGCAAUCUUUUCACGGGUGGCGAUGAUGCUGUCGUCAAUUGCUGGGACUUUCACCACGGUCGUAGCCCUCGCGACCCUGGCGGCCUUCAGGUACAGCCUAUCGUCUCGGGAUCCCAGCCGUGGAACGCCCUGGCGAUUCAUGCAGAGUCCGACACACUCGUCGCUGGCUCCGAUGCACAAUCAGUGGUGAUCAUUCAGCACGUGUCGAAAUAG